AUGGCGCUUGCUUUCCAUGCUCUAUCCGGAAAGUUAAAUGUGGCUUAUCAUCAGUCCGCAUCCUGGGCGCCUUGCCGCGUUGCCAUCCGACGUCCGCAAGUACCUGUGCGAGUCUCUCAGCUGCCCUCUCAGGAGGCUGAGGAGCUUCAACAAUUGAACAAACAGCACAAUCAGCGUGCAGUGAGUCUGCUGUCUGUCGACGUCCAGAAUGACGCGUCGGGUCCGGACUAUUCUAUUGUCCAACGUAACCUUGCGUUGGAGCUCGUGCGCGUGACAGAGGCCGCGGCGCUCGCUGCGGGCCGGUGGUUCGGCAAGGGCGACAAGAAUGCCGCGGAUCAGGCCGCCGUGGACAUGAUGCGCAAGGUCCUCAACAGCGUCGCUAUGGACGGCGUUGUCGUGAUCGGGGAGGGCGAGAAGGAUGAGGCUCCCAUGUUGUACUGCGGGGAGCGCAUCGGCGACGGCAGUAUGUUUCCCAAGGUGGAUAUCGCGGUGGAUCCCCUGGACGGCACCAGCCUCACCUCACAAGGCCGCAACGGAGCCAUCUCGGUCAUUGCGGUAGCUGAGCAGGGGUCGCUGUUCGACCCGGGUCCGUGCAUGUACAUGGAGAAGCUAGCGGUGGGCCCACAGGUGGACCCCGACUCUGUCUCUCUAGACUAUUCUGUACGACAUAACAUCAAGUGGGUGGCCAAGGCUCUGGACAAGCCUGUUGGGGAUGUGACGGUGCUCAUGCUAGACCGACCCCGGCAUGCAGACCUCAUUCGGCAGUGCCGGGAGGCGGGUGCCCGCAUUCGGCUGAUCAGCGACGGUGACGUGGCGGGUGCCAUCGAGGUGGCCAAGGCUGGCGCUCCCGUGGACAUGAUGAUGGGGAUUGGGGGGACCCCGGAGGGAGUCAUUGCGGCCUGCGCGCUGAAGUGCAUGGGCGGUCACAUCCAAGGACGGCUGUGGCCCCGAGACGAUAAAGAGCGAGCAGCUGCAAUUGCACGUGGCUACGACUUGAACAAGAUCCUCUUGAUGGAUGACCUGGUUCGCGGUGACGAUGUGUUUUUUGCGGCCACGGGGGUUAGCGACGGGGACCUGCUCCGGGGAGUCCGAUACCAUAGCGGCGGCGCCUCGACCAAUUCAAUCGUCAUGCGGUGCAAGAGUGGCACGGUUCGGUUCAUCGAGACCUACCACAAGUGGGCAAAACCAUCCGUUACCAACAUUUCCUUGGACGACUCGGAUGACUCGGCCGCUGUGAACCGUCGCAUGAACGGUAACGGCAACGGAGCCACCCGAGGCCGGGGCGCGGGGCAGCGGCCGCCCUGGUAG